AAAUAUCUACUUUUAGUUUUUAAUUUAUAUUUAUUAUUUGUAAUGGUUAACGAAAUUAACUCAUUGUGAUAAAAGUAAAAUAGGAAUAUUAAAUUAAAUACUAGAAAAUAUAAAGAAAUAUUGCGUGCGUGCGUGUCAAUUUCAGUGAGUUAAUAAAGAGACGGACAUAAAGAAGAAUUGACGAGAAGAAAAGGAAAGAAAAAGGAGGUAACAAUAAGUAGAAGACCUUUGAAGUUGAUUAGUGAAUGAAUCCGCUAAAUUGAGAUUUCUACAAGUUUCUAAAACGAACAAAGGAAAUAAUUUGCUGGUAAUUGCGUGAGGUCAAAUAGUAAGCGGAAGUUCGUCGAGAAGGCAUUCGUUUUUUUUUCUGCAGUUGAAACCUGUAAGUUUAAUAAAAAAUACUUGCUUCUAGCAGAAACUAUUAAGCUGUUGUACCAAAAUCUGUAUUUAUUUAAAUAUUUUACAACAAAUAAUUAAAUUUAUAUGUUUUGCACAAAUCUGAGCAGGUAACACAAUAUGAUUGUGAUUUCAGUUAGUUUAAGAUUCCACAUUAAUUAGCGAUCUUGGACUAAUUUAAUACACGUUUUGUACAAAAGAAACUAGCACAAAGUGAUCGGAAUGAAUACUCAUUAGAAAGUGAGGUUAGAUGCACUUGCAACUGUCAGGAAUCUAAACACAUUUUGUACAAUUUAUUGUAUGAGUCAAAAAAUUGAAAGACCAGUACUAUCAGGUCAGCGCAUCAAGACCAGAAAAAGAGAUGAAAGAGAGAAAUAUGACCCAACGGGAUUCCGUGAUGCGGUCAUUGCUGGUCUCGAAAAAACUGAAGGUGACUUGGAACAAAUCUUUAAAUAUCUAGACAUCGCUGGAAACAAACUUGAUUAUCGUCGCUACGGCGAAGUACUAUUUGAUAUAUUAAUUGCCGGUGGUCUCUUAGUUCCGGGAGGAUCAAUCUCUCAGGAUGGCGAGAAGCCCCGCACAAGUUAUUGCAUAUUCGAAGCAAACGAAGACAUUGAGACGAUGCGCAACCAUGAGCAGGUAUUCGUCAAGCUCAUGCGCCGAUAUCGGUUCUUGGAGAAGAUGUUCGAAGAGGAAAUGAAGAAGGUGUUAGUCUUCAUUAAAGGUUUUACACCGAGUGAACGUACCAAACUUGCGCGUAUGACAGCGCUCUGGUUAGUUAAUGGUUCUGUGCCCCCGACUGUGCUGUUGGUAUUGAACAAUGAGCAUUUGAUUAAAGAUGGCAUUGCACUCGACUUCCUUAUCGAGGUAUUUGUCGCUUUCAAACAAGAGAAGGGCAUUGCACAUCUGGUUCAAGCUCUCAAAAAGGGUGGACUUGAAAGCAAACUAAUGGACUUUUUCCCACCAAACAAACGUACUGAAGAAUAUUUAAAACAAGUUUUUCUUGAAAAAGAACUAACUGAAAUUAUAAAAUUACACAAAGCUCAGGCCAGUCAAGAGGCCAAGCGUGAACUGCAGCAAACGCUAAUCGAUGAUAUACAUGACGAGAAGGCACAUUCAGAAAUCACAGCCGAUAUUAAAGAAUUCGCACUGCGUAAUAACAUUCCUGAUCACGAGAUUAUAAUCAUUAUUUGGUCGACUAUAAUGUCGCUCGGUGAAUGGAACAAGAAGGAAGAGUUGGUCACCGAUCAAGCAGUGCGCCACCUGAAAGCCUAUUGUCCAUUGUUGCAGGCUUUUGCCUCGACCGAUCGCUCUGAGUUGGCUUUGAUAUUGAAGGUACAGGAAUUCUGUUAUGAAAACAUGAACUUCAUGAAAGCCUUCCAAAAGAUCAUAUUACUAUUCUACAAAACUGAAGUAUUAUCAGAGGAGAGCAUACUCCGAUGGUACAAAGAUGCUCACUCCAGCAAAGGAAAGAUGCAUUUCCUCGAACAAAUGCGCAAGUUUGUCGAAUGGCUGCAAUCCGCAGAAGAAGAAUCUGAAUCCGAAGAUGAACAAAAGGCACAAAGUAAUGGUGAAUAACAUAAUGAUGAUGGCAUUUUAGAUUGGUUAGGGGCAUAGAAUACAAAAACAAAAUCUCAUAUUGUUGCAUGGUUUAUUCUUAUAAUAAUACUAGUUAAGUCGAAGAUGGAAAAGUAAAGAAGCAAUGCAAAGCCGCAACCACAUCCACCAAGUCUCCUGCUAUUAAAACAACUACGUACGUUAGCGACAAUGAUAUCAGUACUGGGCAGAUAACAAAAUGAAUUCAUUAUAUAUAUUCUACACAUUUAACAUCAAAUAUAUAUAUAUAUAUAUACAUACCUACAUAACAUAACAUAAUAUAAAAUCGAUCAUAUUUCUCACACCAUAGUAAAAAUGUUUACACAAUUAUGUUUGGAACAUACAAAAAAUGAAAAUAAGCAAUUAAAAUAUACCAUAUUAUACAUUCAAGAAAAAAACACAAAACCAUUUCUAUAUAAAAGUUAUAUAAACAGAAUAUUCUUAGUGUAUACCGCUAACCAUAUUGAGAUAGCAACCUACUGCAAUAUUUACUUGAGCCUUUCUAUGUAAUGUUGAGAUCCAAACUCCAAUAAUAAUAUUUGAAACUCUGACCCUGAAAUAGAAAUGUAACAUGAGCAAUUGAAUGAAAACACCAGUCAACAAAUAAAAUAUGCAAUUCUAAAUGCCCGUUGUGGCAA